AACCACACACACACACACACACACACACAAACACAGACAGACAGACACAACUUAACUGUAAAAUUGAAAAACAAAAAAAAAAGGUAUUUUCGGCAUCGAACAGACAGAUUACCACAAAUAUUAUAUUGAAAGCUUACAAAAAAAAAGAAAAGAAAAGAAAAGAAAGCAAAUCACAUUUAGCCUUAUAUACACACACAAAAAAGAAAAGAAAAAACAAAGCAAGCAAUACUUGAUAGAUCAUAGAUCCCCAAAGACCCAAAGAUUCAAGAUUCCAAUAUUCAAGAUAAAGAAAAAGAAAAAUUGUCAAAAUGCCCAAAUCAGGGAAACACAUUUUCGUACUGUACGAAUCGGGUCGCGAACCCGACCAAAGCAAGCAUUGCAAAUCAACUGUCUAUCAAGGCAAAAAGAAAGGACGUUCGGCUGACAUCUGCCUCAGCCUUGAGGUCGUCGAAGACGAGAAGGGAGUGCAUCGCAUCCAACUGACUGUGUGGAUAACGCCAUUCAACAGCAGCGAAGCAGUCAACGAAGGAGUCAGAGCUUUGGUAGCUGUGCCACUCGAUGCCAAGAGUCCGAAAACAGGCGAACUAAACGUAUACUGUGUGGCCUCAACAGAAACCCAAUUAGCUCUUAUCUUGGAACUUGUCGAGUCUAUUGGCAACCUUUCCCUGGAUGAGCAGCAGGAGCAGGAGCAAGAGCGCAUAAGUUCGGUUCCAGCAGUUGCCAAGUUCGAUGCCAACAAACCGCAAACAGACGAGCUAAACGAACAGUCGUCGGUGGCCGCAAUAGAAACCCAAUUGGAUCUAAUCUUUGGUCGCGUCGAGUCUGACGUCGACGUUUCCCUGCACGAGCAGCAGCGACUGGCAAAGGAAAAGAAGCAAUUGGAACAGGAGCUGGAACUGUUGCAACAGGAAGUGAAGCUAGAAGAGCAGCCACAGCCACAGCUACAGCUCGACCUUGGUGCAGAAGCGGAGCUCGUGUCCGCCAACGUAGCGCAAACUUCAAAGAAGAAAGUGAAAGUUCCGUGCGAAAUCUUAGACGAAUCUCCAGCGUCUGCGGAAACUGGCAAAUCUGAUAGCGAUUAUAUAGAAAAUCUAGGACAUAAACAGAAGGAGGCGGAGCGCUUGCUGCAGCUUCAAAGACUUGAUAUAAUAAGGAACGUCCAAGAGCAGACGCGCCUUAGUCAGCAGAGGAACUGGCAGACAGAGAAGGAGGAGGAGAAAGCCGCAAGACGAUUGGCGGCCCUACGGCAGGACUUUGAUCAUCAGAUACGCGUGCAGCUGAAAUCGGCGGCAAAGUUACGCGAGAAACAGGAGCUACAGGAUAAGUUGAGAGAGCGCGAAGAGAGGGCUAGGCGGGAGACAGUGAAGCAACAGAAGCUCCUCAACGAGCAGAGAUUGAUCGAAGAGGUAGAAGCGGCAAAGAAGCGCCGGCGGGAGCAGGCGGACAGAGAGCACCGACAGCAGCUGGAACGCUUCGAAACAUAUCAAUUGCUGCACCUGGAAGCAUCAAACAGCAAUUGCUCUUUCGGAUUUCCAGACCAUCCCUAUCCGCACCAGGAGGGCUGCAGCUACAACAGCUUCAGCAGCCUCUCGACGCUCUCAACGUCGACGACAAUUUCCACAGAAUCCUUCUUUGGCUCGUCGCUGAUGCAAAACGAAAUGGUGAGCAUACCGAUGGCCAAUCUGAAUGGCGGCCUCAAGGCGGCGUCUGGAUCGGCCGUUGGCUCCUCGACUGGCGGUGGCGUUCGAUACUUUUCACAGUUUAGCAAAGGUGGCGUCUCCAGCAGCAGCAGCAGCAGCAGCAGCACCACCACCACAACCACCACACUGGUGCACCAGCACCUGCAGCACCAGCAACGCAGCAAUGGGGAGCUUUAUGCCAAUGGCCGACUGGGUCUCAUGCGCAUCAAAACGGAGCAACAUGAAUUUCUGAUGGAUUCGUUGACUGCGAUCAAACCGGAGCUGAUUAACGAAACGAAGCAUAAGGCAGCGCAGGCACCAGCACCAGCACCAGCGGCGGCGGCGGCCGUGGAAGCAACAGCGGCAGAGUCACAGCCAGCAGCAGAAGCAGAAGAUGCUCCCAUGGGCCCACAAGAGGCAUCAGGUGACGAUCCCGAGCUGGAUAUUGUCAUCAACAAUGUGGUGUGCUCGUUCAGUGUGCGCUGCCACCUCAAGCUGCGCGACAUUGCGCUGCGCGGCAAAAAUGUUGAAUACCGCAGGGAGAACGGAAUGGUGACCAUGAAGCUGCGACGUCCAUAUACAACGGCGUCCAUAUGGUCAUCCGGCAGGAUCACCUGCACAGGCGCCACCUCCGAGGUGAUGGCCAAAGUGGCAGCCAGACGGUAUGCCCGAUGCUUGGGCAAACUCGGUUUUCCCACACGCUUUCAAAAUUUUCGCAUUGUGAAUGUUUUGGGCACCUGCAGCAUGCCCUGGGCCAUCAAGAUAGUCAACUUCUCGAAGAAACAUCGAAAGAAUGCCAGCUACGAGCCGGAGCUGCAUCCGGGUGUCACAUACAAAAUGAAAAUGCCAAAAGCCACGCUAAAGAUCUUCUCCACGGGCAGCGUAACAGUCACAGCCGCUUGCGUGAAUGAUGUGGAGUCUGCCAUACAGCAUAUUUAUCCAUUGGUGCACGAGUUCAGCAAGCAACGUUCGUCCGAGGAGCUGCAGCAUCUACGGGCUAAACAGAACAAGAAUGCGGGAAUCAGUGGCAAAGUGGCCGGCGCCAAAGCCGCGAGCAUUGCCAGCACCAUCACCAAUGCCAGCGAGACGCGCAAGCUGCACGAUGAAAUCCUAACGAUUGCCAAGGUGCAGUCGCGCAGCGAUAUUCUGGUGAAUGCCACCGCUGCCCAUGCAAAGACAACGCCCAGACAUGCGGCCGAGGAUCUGGCGAAUGCGCCGGUGUGCAAUUGGCAGCGUCUGAAGCAGAUCGAAUCGUAUUGCCAUUUGUCGAUGCAGACACAGGAGGAGCGCCGUCACAUACCCUUCCCAAGGGACAAGUCAGAGUCGGGGCUGUUCCCACACUCGAAUCCCAAAACGCCGCCGCGUGAAAAUAUCUGUGCCAAUGCCCGGCGCCGGGCCACCGAAUGUUGGGCCACCAAGCUGCUGCAUAAGCGGCCACGCUACAACGAUCCCAGACCAGUGUCGGCCGGCAAGCCAACGACAAUGCAGACGAGCGACAUCACAUCCUCCACCUCUUCCACCUCUUCCACCUCCAAUCCCGCCAGUCAAAGCACAACCAACAGCACACCCGCCACAGGCACGGCUCCCAUUCUGCCGCUUUCCUCGCUGACGCCCAUCGGUAGCAUCAGUGGCAGCAGGCCCUUCAGCAUGAUCGGCUCUCGCACAAUUGUCCCUGACGCGGGGGCAAUCAUCCAGAUCAAGCAGAGCUGCAUUAAGCCACUGAAUCGCAAUGCCCUGACCGCAUUCACCGCUGCCUCCAGUGGUGGCAACAUCAGUGCCACUGCCACAGGCACAGGCACAGGCAAUUCUAGUCUGCGAGCUGCUCCCGCUCCUGCUGCCACAAUCAAGAGGAAGCAACAAUGAAGCGGCAACUCCGAUGUGGAUGUUGAAAUGGGUCGGCCAUGAUGUGGAUUGAUGGUUGAAAGAUUCACAGAGAGAGAGAAAACGGAAAAAGGAACAAUAUAUCGUCGUUGCCUAUGCCAAAAUAUAUAGAACUUAGAGGAGAAGCAACAGAAAAACCCAAAACAAAACGUAAGGAAAGGGAAUGCCCUUUCCCUCUGUGUGUUCUCUGCAUUUAAAACGGAGGAGGACACAGCAUCGAGAGAGAAACGCAACUAAAACAAGAGCCAAAAAUAGAAUACUUAAGAUUUAUGUUAAUUUCCAACCAACAAAUACAAAACACAUCCAGAGAUCACAGCUGAUGGUAUUACCACACUACCAUGCGCAUUCGUCAGUAAAUUUGUAAUUGCAGAUCCAACUUAGUUGUAAAAAUAAAAGAAGAUCUACCAAAAGGCAAUAUUCUUUCAUAAUACGCAGAGACAUACACAGCACAGCCCCACACCCAUCCCCAUUUACUUUAUAAUUCAUAUAAUCAUAAAGAGUAGUUUUUUUUUUUGUUUAACUUAAUUUCUGUAUAUUUAGUUAGUUAGUUUAUGUGAACAAACCACCGCCUAAUGAAAGAAAAAUACUGUAAAAUGAGAGAGAGAGAGAGAGUUGGAGAGUGGAAGAAGGAGAACCAUUCAGCAGUCAAUCCCCCCCCACAAUCCAAAGCCAAGCCUUACAAAAUAAGCAAUAGAAAGUGCUCUUUAGCAGAGGAAAAGAGAAGGCGCACUCAAGUGCCUUUAAUCACACACACACCACACACCACACACACACCCACAUGUAAGAAAUAUUUUGUAACUUUACCCAGAGUCGCCUUAAACCAACAGGAAA